AUGGAGACUGGGAGCUCAACAAAGCAUGGAGUGGGUCUUGAUGGAGGUAGUGCCUAUGAGGAGGCCAGCCUAGGCGGCGCCCAAGGCGGUUUUGGCAUGGGCGAUUCUCCCGUUAUUCCUUCGGGUGGCUCUCGGUGGGGCGUUGGUUGUAGCACCGGUACUCUCGGGACCUUUGGUGUGAUAUCAGGCGUAGGCAAAGAAUUCUCAAGCAAACCUUUCAGAGUAACAGGAGGUGUCUGGGGUGUUGGAGAGCUAAAAGGUAGUGCCUAUGAGGAGGCCAGCCUAGGCGGCGCCCAAGGCGGUUUUGGCAUGGGCGAUUCUCCCGUUAUUCCUUCGGGUGGCUCUCGGUGGGGCGUUGGUUGUAGCACCGGUACUCUCGGGACCUUUGGUGUGAUAUCAGGCGUAGGCAAAGAAUUCUCAAGCAAACCUUUCAGAGUAACAGGAGGUGUCUGGGGUGUUGGAGAGCUAAAAG